AUGGGAGAUCGCAUGAAUUUGGGAGAUGGUGAUGGAGAUGGAGUGAAUAUAGGAGAUGGAGAUGGAGUCAAAGUCAUUUCCACUUCUAGUAGUGGACUUUUUAAACCGUUCAUUGGGAAGGAAUUUGAUGAAGUUGAGGACGCCCAAGCAUUUUACAAGGCGUAUGCAAGACGAAAAAGUUUUACAAUGAGGACCAACCAUACCCAAUUAUUGAAAGGGGACAAAAAAUUAAUUGGAGUACACUAUGUUUGUACAAGGGAAGGAUUUAGGCAUGAAAGUCUGAAACAAAAAGAAAGACAAAUUCCCGAACCAGCUAAAACAAAUAUUGGGUGUAAAGCUACCAUGUGUAUAAAAAAAGAUGGUGAAAGGUGGGUAGUAUGCAAGUUUUACCCUCAACACAAUCAUGAGCUACUCACACCAAGAAGUACCAGUAUGCUCCGUGGAUAUAGGGGAGUGACACGCGUGCAAAAAAACCUCAUUCAGACUUUGAAUGAGUCUGGUGUACCGAUAAGGAAGAUAAUAUCGGUGUUAAGUAAAGAAGCAGGUGGUGAUUUUAAUAUUGGUUGUAUUGGAAAAGACGUCGAAAAUUAUUUGGGAAAUAAAAGAAAAAAAUUGUUUGAAGAGGGAGAUGCACAAAGGUUGUAUGCAUACUUUCUUGAACGACAGUGUAAAGAACCUGGGUUUGUGUACUCAAUGCAGGUCGAUGAGAAUGGGUGUAUGGGAAGCUGUUUUUGGGCAGAUGCAAGAUCAAGAUCUGCAUAUCAGUAUUUUGGAGAUAUUGUCACAUUUGAUGCGACGUACCUCACAAAUGUUUAUAAGAUGUCAUUUGUGCCGUUCUCAGGAGUUAAUCAUCAUCACCAAAUCAUAAUGUUUGGUUGUGCGUUGUUAGUGAAUGAGAUAGCUGAAUCCUAUAUAUGGUUAAUGAGAACAUGGCAGGAAGCAAUGCUUGGGCGUGCCCCGUCAACCAUGAUGACAAAGCAAUGGCCAAAGCCAUUGCAGAGGCAUAUCCUAUGUGUAUUCAUGAAGAAAUCAAACUUAGAUAAUUUGUCACAUCAGUAUGUUCUAGAGCGAUGGACCAUCAAUGCUAAGAAUCGAGCUAUUCGUGAAAUACCAAAUCCCGAGGGGCAUGUUUCCAUACAAGAAGAUCCGAUCAUGCGAAAAAGCCAUUUGAUGAUGAAGUUUUACGAUAUUGCAGAACUUGGGUCACAAUCAAGGUUUAAAAUGGACCACCUUUCUCUUGCCUUGGACAAGGAAAUGAUUGGUUCCGAUAAAGGCAUUGUUUCCAUGGAGUAUGUGAUCAUAAUUUGGAGAUGUUGA